AUGGUGGAAGGAGAUUCAAACUCUCCCACCUGGAAGUUCACCCAGUGCUUCGGUGACAAAGGAGAUGUUGAAGAUAUCACGGAAGCCGAUAUCAUAUCAACCGUCGAGUUCGAUCAUACCGGUAAUUACUUAGCAACAGGAGACAAAGGCGGCCGAGUUGUUUUGUUUGAGAGGAACGAGACGAAAAAAACGUGUGAAUACAAGUUUCACACCGAAUUCCAGUCACACGAGCCCGAAUUCGACUACCUCAAAUCUCUAGAGAUAGAAGAGAAGAUCAACAAGAUUAAGUGGUGUCGUCGUCAGAAUGCUUCUCACUAUUUGCUCUCCACCAACGACAAAACGAUCAAGCUAUGGAAGGUUUUCGAGAAAUCACUAAAAGUAGUAGCUGAGAACAACCUGUCUCACGACCUGACGCCGGGCAAUGUUGCUGGUGUAGGAGGAGGUGCUCCUAGAGUUCUUCCUCAGUCGCAUUUCAAGACCGCUGGAGAGUUGAAGCUACCACGACUGACGCAUCACGAUACUGUCGUCGCUGCGGUUCCCCGACGUACGUACGCGAAUGCUCACGCCUAUCACAUCAACAGCAUCUCGGUCAACAGCGACGGGGAGACAUUCAUAAGCAGCGACGACCUGCGGAUCAACCUCUGGAAUCUGAAUAUUCAGGACCAGAGUUUCAACAUUGUCGACAUCAAGCCUGCGAAUAUGGAGGAGUUGACUGAGGUCAUUACUGCUGCCGAAUUCCACCCCAUUAGCUGUAACUGGUUUAUGUACGCAAGCUCGAAGGGCACAAUCAAGCUAGCAGACAUGCGGGAGAGUGCCCUUUGCGAUCAGCAUGCAAAACUUUUUGAACAAGAAGAGGAUCCGUCGUCAAGAUCGUUCUUUUCCGAAAUCAUCUCCUCUAUUUCAGACGUGCGCUUCUCAUACGACGGCAGAUACAUCUUAUCUCGAGACUACCUCACCGUCAAGAUCUGGGAUGUCAAUAUGGAACGCCAACCGGUCAAGACCAUACCUAUUCACGAGCACCUUAGGCCGCGGCUGUGUGACACGUACGAGAACGAUAGUAUCUUCGACAAGUUUGAAGUUGUUUUCUCGGGUGACGCCAAAAAUGUCAUGACGGGAAGUUAUAAUAACAACUUCAUGAUCUAUCCUUCGGACCCCGAGAAGGAGAUCGAGGUCGUGUUACAAGCAGACAAGUCAGCCUUCAAGGCAAAGAAAGUAGGCAUCCCGACGCCUAUCAACUCGUCGACGAGCCCCACAGCGACCAACGGCGGUAAGAAGGGCGGAUCGCGUGCGGGUAGCCCGGCGGCCGGAGCGGGUCAGGGACAGCGGAUGCGGAAGGAGACAGACGCAGAUCAGAUUGAUUUUAACAAGAAAAUCCUGCACAUGAGUUGGCAUCCGUUCGAGGACAGUAUCGCCAUUGCUGCAACAAACAAUGUAAUGAAACCUGUCAAGUGCAUGUUGCAGGUGCUUAGACGCCAAACCUUGCGAGAUUCGCAUGCCGCUUCACGAAAUGGCGCUACCAUGACGCCCAAGGUCAUCAACGCAGGGCCUUCUCUCGAGAAGGCUGAGCUAUACGGAAUAGACGACCAACGCCCGACCUUCUCUAAACUCAUGGGUCUCGCCGGCCGUAUCUUCAUCGAAACUAUUCCGCAAUGGCUAGCCGUCGGGGCAAUGCUCAGCCUAAUCUUUGGCGGCUGUUGUUCGAACCUUUUGUUCGUAGGAACGCUUUUGACUUUCGUGCAGUUCCUCUUCGUUGCUGUCACCGGAUACGUCUCGCAGUUCGAUAUUACGCGCCCACCCUUCUUCGUGAAACCGAACCGAGUUCCGAUCCGUCGCUGGUUAAUCAACAUCAUUCUGUUCUUUAGCAUCAAUGUAUUGAAUAAUCACGCCUUCAGCUACGAUAUUUCCGUACCAGUUCACAUCAUUUUACGAUCCGGAGGCAGCAUUACAACGAUGAUCGCUGGGAGUUUAUACGGAAAGAGAUAUUCUCGCAUUCAGAUUGUGGCUGUUCUCUUGCUUACGGUUGGUGUUGUCACGGCCGCGUGGUCAGACGCCCAGUCCAAGGCAAGAAUCCUCUCUUCUACCCUUCAGUGCUUCACUGGCCUGGCGGUCCUCUUGAUCGCUCAAGUUUUAUCGGCUAUUAUGGGAUUAUACACGGAAGAAACGUAUAGAAUCUACGGAGCGCAUUGGAAGGAGAAUCUGUUCUACUCUCAUCUGCUCUCAUUGCCGCUAUUCUUACCGUUCUCGCGGUCUCUGGUCAAUCAGUUUAAGCGUUUGGCCGAUAGCAAACCACUUGCGCUCCCGUUAUUAGCAGAGCAUGUGAACCUGUCGACCGUCUCAGCCAAUGUGCGACAUCGUAUUGAAGGAAUUUACAUUCCCAGCCAGGUGGCCUACCUUGUUCUCAACGUUUUAACACAAUAUGCCUGUAUCCGAGGCGUCAAUCUUUUAGCCGCCGUGUCAUCCGCAUUGACUGUUACCAUUGUGCUCAACAUUCGCAAGCUGGUCAGUUUACUGCUUAGCAUAUGGCUUUUUGGGAAUCGGUUGGCCACUGGAACUCUAAUAGGUGCCAUUGUGGUGUUUUCCGCAGGUGGCUUGUACUCGUUAGAUUCUAAGAAGCCAACUCCGAAGCCGAAGGCGAGCAGUGGGAAAGCGGGAUAG